AUGCUUUCUUUACUUCCUCGCAAGCCAAGCCUCCCAGUAUGGAGAAGGUAUAGUACACUCAAUGGAUUUAAGAGCACCUCGCCUGCUUUAAACUAUUUUCAGCGGACAAGAUUGCCAGCUAAUACCAUCGUGAAAUUCGUUCCUCAGCAAACAGCUUACGUUGUUGAGAGAAUGGGCAAAUUUCUGAAGGUGCUCAAGCCUGGAAUGGCAAUACUUGUUCCAUUUAUCGACAAAAUCACCUAUGUUCAGUCAUUGAAGGAAACAGCGAUCGAAAUUCCUUCUCAAAAUGCCAUUACAGCUGAUAAUGUAUCCCUUGAACUCGAUGGAAUUUUGUAUGUUAAAGUACUCGAUCCCUACAAGGCCUCCUACGGAGUGGAGGAUUUUAGAUUCGCUAUCAGCCAGUUGGCUCAAACCACCAUGAGAUCUGAGAUUGGCUCUAUGAAUCUUGAUUCGGUGUUGAAAGAAAGACAAAAGCUAAACACAAAUAUAAACCUCACUAUUAACGAGGCCGCAAGGGAUCAUUGGGGCGUUGAAUGUUUACGUUACGAGAUAAGAGACAUUCAUCCGCCUCAAAACGUUUUGGAUGCAAUGCAUAGGCAGGUUAGCGCAGAUAGAGCCAAGCGGGCAGAAAUCCUUGAAUCAGAGGGAACAAGACAGGCAAGAAUAAACAUUGCCGAAGGCGAAAAGCAAGCUGCUAUAUUGAAGGCGGAGUCUACUGCCAUGAGUAUUGAGCGUAUAGCAAAUUCCAUCAGUGGUACUCAGGGCGGCAAAGAUGCGGCCAGUCUUCAAGUUGCACAAGACUACAUCAAAGAGUUUGGAAAAAUUGCGAAAGACUCUAAUACCGUGGUUCUUCCUGCGAAUAUCAACGAUCUUAGCGGUAUGAUCACUUCAGGCUUGUCAGUAUAUGGCUCACUUGUCAAGAAUAAGGAAAAGUCUUCAUAA